CCUUCUCCCCCAGUGCCUUUCCUCCCUGGCUCCCUAGUUCCCUCUCUUCCCUGGUGGUUUCUCCCCGCAGAGACCUGCUCUUCGCACCGUGCUGCACUCCGAUCGGCGAUUUAGCUUUUCCAAAUAUUACACAGAGUGCCGCAACCCCGAGCUCCAAUUUCUUCCUCUUUUUGGAAGCCUAUCCAAGCAAAGACCAUACUCAGAGUUCGAUUCCACGAUGGCGGCCCGUAUAGAGCGUUGUCCUGUGGGGGCGGCCAUAUUCUGUGUCUACAGCGCCUCUUUCCGAAACAGAACAAAGUCCCCGUUAGAGAACCGGCGCUGCGUUAACAGCUUGCCGCUUGCGGUUUCUGAGGUGACUGUGAGCCUGCAAUACCGACCGCCCCUGUGGGAGGAGCUAGAGGCCGGACAGGAAGCGGAAGUGGUCCCCGGAAGGCUGUCUGGCAGCGCCUGCCGCAAGCAGCUCUAUGGUUUAACGCGGAGCGGCCUCUGAGGUGGUUUGGCUGGUCGUGAGUAGGCGUUCUCCUGGCGCAGUGGUGAAGAGCUCGGCUGCUAAGUCAAAAGGUUUCUUUGUGUUUUGGGGGAGCCUUUGGGCCAGAUCGUCCUCCAGACUCUAGCCCAUCUCUCCCUAGCAGCUCUGGUUGAGUUACAGAUGUCCAUCAGGGUUCAGGCUGCUGAGAGAAGAAGAGUUGAAGCCCACUGUGGACAUGUCAGCUCAUUGGACCUUGCCCCAGGAAUCCUUGGUCCUGGCUCCAGAGGAACAUGGCAGCUCACGUGAGGAAUUAGUGUCCUUCAAGGAUGUGGCUGUAGAUUUCAGCAGAGAGGAGUGGCAGUACUUAGACCCUGAUCAGAGAAACCUGUACCGAGAUGUGAUGUUGGAGACUUACAGCCACCUGCUUUCAGUAGGGUAUCAGGGUCCCAAACCAGAUUUCUUCACGGUGGAGCAAGGAAAGGAGCAGGGUGAGAGCCCUCAUCAGAGCUGUCCAGAAGAAUUGCAGCAGAUUGGUGACCAGAUAGAGAACUAUCAGGAAAAAGAAAAGAAAUCUUUAAGUCAUGUUGUUUUCAUGAAGAAGAUCUUGAAUACAGAGAAGGAUUAUGAACAUAAGGACAUAAGAAAAAUAAUUCAUGUGAGCCCAAACCUUAUUCCUUCCCAAGAAGGAACCUAUCAACAUGACUCAUUUGGAAAUGGGUUGAAAUGUAAUUUACGUUUACACAGUCAUAAUAGAAACAGCACAUCAAAGAAUGUUAAUAAGAUUGUCAAGUAUGGUAAAAUUUCUUCAAAUAUGGAUCAUGAAAAUACUCCAACAGGAGAGAAAUUAGGGGACUAUAAUCAAUGUGGAAAAAUCUUCAGCUAUAAACAAGCACCUUCCCAACAUCAGAAAAUUCAUACUAAGGAGAAACCCGAUGAACAUGCUGAAUUUGGAAAGGUCUUCACUCAGAAGUUGCAAUUCAAGGUACGUCGGAAGUUUCACACAGGAGAAAAACUCUAUAUAUGUAUUGAAUGUGGGAAGGCUUUUGCACAGAAGCGAGACUAUAUUACACACCAGAAAAUUCACACUAGAGAGAAGUCCUUUAAGUGCGAUGAAUGUGGAAAAGCCUUUUUCCAUAUGUCUUCUCUCUUCAGGCAUCAGAGAAUUCAUACUGGAAAAAAACCCUAUAAAUGCAGUGAAUGUGGAAAAGGCUUCUUUUAUAGUUCAGAUCUCAGUAUACAUUGGAAAAUUCACACUGGAGAGAGACACCAUGAAUGCAGUGAUUGUGGCAAAGCAUUCAUGCAAAAGUCCACUCUCAAGAUGCAUCAAAAAAUUCAUACAGGAGAGAGAUCCUUUAUAUGUAUUGAAUGUGGACAAGCCUUCAUCCAGAAGACACACUUGAUUGCACACAGAAGAAUUCAUACUGGAGAAAAGCCAUACGUAUGCAAUGACUGUGGGAAAUCCUUUGCUUCCAAAUCACAACUCCAGGUACAUCAACGAAUUCACACAAGAAUAAAGCCCUGUAUAUCUACUGAAUGUGGGAAGGUCUUCAACAGCAGUUCCCAGCUCAUUACACAUAAGAAAGCUCAAAUUAGAGAGAAGUCUUCUAUCUGUACUGAAUGUGGGAAGGCCUUUACCUACAGGUCAGAGCUAAUUACACAUCAGAGGAUUCACACUGGAGAGAAACCCUAUGAAUGCAGUUAUUGUGGAAAAGCCUUCGCUCAGAAGUCAGCACUCACAGUUCAUCAGAGAAUUCAUACUGGAGAAAAAUCAUAUUUAUGCAUGAAAUGUGGGCUGGCCUUCAUCCAGAAGGCCCACUUGAUUGCACAUCAAAUAAUUCAUACUGGAGAGAAACCUUAUAAAUGUGGUUACUGUGAGAAAUCAUUUACUUCCAAGUCACAACUCCAUGUGCAUAAACGAAUUCACACAGGAGAGAAGCCCUAUAUGUGCACUAGAUGUGGGAAGGCCUUCGCCAGUAGGUCAAAUCUCAUUACACAUCAGAAAACUCAUACAGGAGAGAAAUCUUACAGAUGUCACAAAUGUGGAAAGGCCUUCACUCAACAAUCAGACUUGAUUACACAUCAGAGAAUUCAUACUGGAGAGAAACCUCAUGAGUGCACUACCUGUGGAAAAGCCUUCACCCAGAAGUCACACCUCAAUAUACAUGAGCAAAUUCAUAGUGGAGAGAGACAGUAUGAAUGCCAUGAAUGCGGGAAAGCCUUCAACCAGAAAUCAGUACUCAGUGUGCAUCAGAAAAUUCAUACUGGAGAGAAACCCCAUGUAUGCCCUGAGUGUGGAAAAGCCUUCAUCCGGAAGUCAAACUUCAUUACCCAUCAGAGAAUCCAUACUGGAGAGAAGCCUUAUGAAUGCAGUGAUUGUGGGAAAUCCUUCACUUCGAAAUCUCAGCUCCAAGUGCAUCAACAAAUUCACACAGGAGAGAAACCCUAUGUUUGUGUUGAGUGUGGGAAAGCCUUUAGUGGCAGGUCAAAUCUCAGUAAGCACCAGAAAACUCACACUGGAGAAAAGCCCUACGUCUGUUUUGAAUGUGGGAAAACAUUCAGGCAGAAUUCAGAAUUGAUUACACAUGAGAGAAUUCAUACAGGAGAAAAACCUUAUGAAUGCAGUGACUGUGGGAAAUCUUUCACUAAGAAAUCACAGCUCCAAGUGCAUCAGCGAAUUCACACAGGAGAGAAGCCCUACAUUUGUACUGAGUGUGGGAAGGCCUUCACUGAUAGGUCAAAUUUGAAUAAACACCAGACAACGCAUACUGGAGACAAACCCUUCAAGUGUGUCAUCUGUGGGAAAGGUUUCUUUCAGAAAUCUGUGCUCGAUGUGCAUCAGAAUAUUCACACUUGAGAGAAACUAAGAAAACCGAGGUCAGGUCUGAUUGUACAUUGUUGAAUUCAUGCAAUAUAAAAAGUAUGUAUGUUAUUGUAGGUAGAGGUGCUUCCAUCCGGAUGUCACACGUGACUAUUCAGAAGAGGGACUCUAAGAGGACACUGAAUGAGGGGGAAUCUUCCCACAUUGUCACUAGCAUCAUAAAAUCUUGGGCCAGUCAUCUUGGGAAGGAAAUGAAAAUAUGGUGGAUCAUUAUUGUCAAAUUCUUCAUAGAAAAGAUUAAAUUAUGUUAAUGAUAAUCGUGUUAGUCUAGAAUGGGUACAACGCCAACAAGUGGAAUGGUAGAACAAUAUACACAAUAGGGAUAAACUCUUAAGUUCUUUGGGGUGUAUGUUGCAGAACAUACUGUCUGCCAGAGUUGUAUGUUUUCAUUCUUCUGUUUAACACAGCUAUGCAUACAUAUCCAAUCCCUCACUGAGUAUUUUUAUCAAGGAAGAGAUACCACAAUAAAUGAAAAAAUUCUUCAUGUAUACAGACAAUACCCUCAUAGUGUCUGAUGACCCCAGUUAGCUCCAAGCAUCAUGACUUGUAAUCCCCCUCAUUACCCAUCAGUUGGGUGUCUUAGACUUACAUGAGCCCCCAGUGCAUUUUCUUUUGAUGCCUAAUACUUCCGACAGCCAAUUUCUUGUGACAAUGCCUGAUGCCUGCCCAUUAGUGCUAAACACCAUGUCUUCUUACUGCUGUUAUCUCCCAGACAGUGUCUGGUGACACUAAUUUAGCUCACAGCAUAGUCUCUUGUGAACUACUACACUCAAGAGGGCUUCAGUGAUAAAAGUAUUUUCAGAUCACCUGGGUCAACUGUUUACCCCUGUCUCCCUUCUGCUGUCACAGUUCUCCCAACUCAUUCUCCUUAAAGUCCUGACCUGCGUAAUUAAAAUAACAAAUCAGUAACUCAAAGCAAACCCCAACAUAUAUUCUGUCCCUCUUCAUGCCAUAUACUCCACAAAAACCAUCUUUAUGUGCUACACACAGCAGGUCCUACCGCAGGGUUUUUGUAUUUGCUGUGUCCUUUAUUAUAUCUGAGUGGUUUCCUCACUUAUGUCUUUACUCCAGUGUCACAGAGGCCUUGCUGCUCUUCCUGCCUGGUUUAAAAUUCCGAUCAUCCAUGCACCCCCCCUCCUUUAUUGUUCUUCAUGUACUGCCAUGACACCCUGCUUUGUGUCUCCCCCACUAGAACUUUUGGCCUGUUUUGUUCACUGCUUUGAUCCUAGACCCAUGCCUUAUAUACAGCAGGCACUCCAUAAAUGAAUGUUGUGGAGUAUUGACCCCUACUCAUCCUGUGACCCUUCUCUGAUUUUUCUAUAUUGCAGCAUAAGAGGCUCCAGUGGAGACAACCAACUUGCCUAAAACCUACCAGGCUGUUUCACCUCCAGGCUUUACCUGGGCUGUGCCCCUUCCUAUCCCUAAAGUUGAAAAGUCAUUGUAAAAAGUUUGACCUGAUGCCAAUCCAUUUAAAGAAGGGAAAACAAAGCAGAGGAAAUCCCAAGGGGAUGCUCAGUGUUCCAGUAUCCCCAUCAGGAUUCCCAAAUCCCAUGGUCAGCUUCAGAGUGACUGGAAAAAAGGCUUUGCCUGCCCUAGAACCUCAUCCUGCCUUGACCAAUGUGCCCUCGGAGCCAGAGGGCAGAUGGGAGUGGGCCUUCCUCAGAAGUUAGGUUGGCCCGAGACUGGAGUGGGAACAGCCUCACAGAUGUGAACAGCAUCUGGGAAGCUGCACCAGAAGAAGGAUGUAUCCCUAGGCCAGUCUGUUGGUGAUGCCAGGAGUGGCAUACAGGCAUGCAGGAUGUGCAGAGAUGGUCUUCCCUUUGCUAUGAACAGAUAAGCAAGGUGGGUAGCUGGAGGAAAGCUACUGGUAUCCCAGCAUGAGAUUUGCUUCCCAGCAACUCUGACAAUUGUACUGAAGUAGGCACCACAGGGGAGGUAGUUUCUCCAGCUGAUUUUUAACCCAUUAUAUCAUUAAUCAGGAACUGCAGGUGUACAAACUUAAUCUUAUAGCUAGAAAAUGGGAGGGAGUGUUCUUUCUGGUCAUGCACCCAUGUUAUACUGUUUGAGUCUGAACAAAGACGCAGCAGUAUGGUAACAGGAUGGUCAGACCAGGUGCUGCUGAACAAAAGUCCUUUCCUCACCCCCUUUCCCUGUUCCCGUGCAUUCUAAGGUAAACCCCUAGACCCCUUUGCCUCGUGGUCUUUCAUGUGCAGUGUAUCUUGGGGCCUUAAUGUGUGCAGAAGAGAUUUCCUCUGUUAACUCACCCUGAGGUCUGAGGUGGACUGACCUCAUAAUGAAUCUUACUAAAUUCAUCUGUAUCUUAACCCCUAUGUAAGUAAGUAAAAACUUGUAAUCUCAUCACUGGGUAAUGUCAAUUAAUUACCGAGAGGUACAGCCCUCUACAAACCCAUUUUACAUCAUGGCUCACAACAGAAGUAGAGAGGGGCACAAACGAACAGUAUUAGGUCAAGGGGGUGGGGCCGCAGAAGAUGGGGCUAGGCAUUCCCCCUAAAACACCCCCCACCAUGCACAGUAUCUGUCUUAGUAACACCUUCAGGCAGUGUUUGGCCACACCUUACUGGGUCCAUUAACCUGCCUUAAUGAGUAUCUGCUGAUCCAUCCUUAGUUCUUUCUCUCCUUCACAGAAUGUGAUGAUCAAUCAUAUACCCUUUCCCACCUUUGAACAGUGUCUUAAAAAAAAAAAAAAAAACCA